CAGAACAGCAGCUCUGACAGUCGACUCUGGAUCAGCAACAGGAGCGAUCAUUUAUUUAGGAAAGAAAAAAUCUUUAACCGCGAUUAGAACAACGAAACUGAGAUAAUAAGUUAUCUUUCUUUCCUUUUUUUUUUUUUUAUUUGUUUUUUUUUUUCUCACUCUUGGCUGUGCGCUCUAGUUCUGCGGACUUUUCCUGCUGUGAUGGACCGGGGCCAGGGACCUAAACGCUGGGCUUGAGGAGCUGCCAAGGGCACAGGGAGAGGUCUGAACCUGAAGGUCGUGGGGUGAAAUAGGGCCGAGACUGCCUCAUGUGUUGGGAUUCCUCUGUGUUCUGGUCCCCACCGACACCCAUCUCCCCAGCAUCGGUGGGAUGUCCCAGGUGUGUCUCCUCUUGGCCCUACUUACGCUCUCCAGCUGCACUGAGGAGUCCUUUGCUAACUCUCUGGAGCUUGUGAAAGAGAAGUGGAGCAGCUACAAGAACCAGUGUUUGGACAUUAUCAAUUCCACGCCCCCUGCCACAGGGUUGGUGUGUAAUAGAAGCUUUGAUUUUUAUGCUUGCUGGCCUGAUGGAUUUCCUGGUACCACUGUCAAUGUCUCAUGCCCAUGGUUCCUGCCAUGGUAUCGUAAAGUUCAGCGGGGUCUGGUCUACAGGAUCUGCCAUGAAGACGGUAAAUGGGGACAAAAGAACACCACUGAAUGUGAGGACGAUUCUGGUGAGAACCAGUAUGGUCGCAUUCUCAGCAAGCUGCGUAUCGUGUACACAGUGGGCUAUUCACUUUCACUUGGAGCCCUGCUCCUGGCCCUGGGGAUCCUCAUCAGCUUCAGGAAGCUUCACUGCAUGAGGAACAAUAUCCACAUGAACUUGUUUGCUUCGUUCAUCCUGAGAGCUGCUUCCAUUCUGGUCAAAGAUGCUCUCCUGAUUCUCACGCUUAACCCAAGGGGCAGCGAUGCUGAUACACAGGCCUGGGUCAACAUACCAGCUGUGAUGUGGUGCAGAGGUGCCGUGGUGAUGAUGCAGUACAGCGUAAUGGCCAACAACUACUGGCUGCUGGUGGAAGGCAUCUACCUGCACAGCCUGCUUGUCAUCACUGUUUUCAGCGAAAAGAAAUACUUCCACAUUUACUUGGCCAUCGGCUGGGGUGCACCUCUCAUAUUUGUGUUGCCAUGGAUCACAGUGAAAUAUCUCUAUGAGAAUGAGGAGUGCUGGGAGAGGAAUAUUAACAUGGGAUAUUGGUGGAUUAUCCGUUCUCCCAUAUUGUUUGCUUAUCUGAUUAACUUCUUUAUCUUCAUCCGAAUAAUUAAAAUCCUGAUGUCUAAACUUAGAGCACACCAAAUGCGAUACACUGACUACAAAUUCAGGCUGGCAAAAUCCACACUGACUCUCAUCCCACUGCUUGGCAUUCACGCUAUCCUCUUCACCUUCGUCAUUGAUGAGUCUGUCCCAAAAGGCUCCAUGCUUCGCCUUAUUCGCCUCUUCUGUGACCUUCUGUUUAACUCCUUCCAGGGCCUGCUGGUUGCCAUCCUAUAUUGCUUUGUCAACAAAGAGGUGCAGUCAGAGAUGGUGAAAAAGUGGAAAAGGUGGAAACAGGGAAAGGAUAUUUAUGAGGAAUACCGCCACACCCACAGCCAGACACCGCACGUGAAGAGUGGCAGUAUAGUUACUGCAAACCUACCAGACCUGCAGGAUAACAGUGUCAGCAACCCAAGCACUGACUCACCGCAGCUCAACCAGGCAAGCCGCCACCCACCCUGUUCAGCUGCGCCUGAGGAGAACCGCAGACUAGUUGUCUCCUACAGCAACGGGAUGGGCAAAGGCAGAUCUUCUAAGAGUCGAAAAGCUCGACAGUUACCCUUUACACCUCAAAGAGGUGGCACCAGGAGGUGCAGCGCAACUGAAGACAUCAGUUUGGGGGAUUGGGUGCAGUUCAGCGUAUGUCGGGAGGACGGAGAUGAAACUAGCGUCUAAAGACAGCAUACCACAUUUUUUUUCUUAUCACUAAAACUCUCACUAUUCUAAAGAUCAGAACCAAUAUGGUCUAAGUGAGAGACAUAUGCAAAAACACCCAUAUAGAUAAUUAUGUUUACUGCUAAAAUGAGAAAAAGGAGACCAUUAUAAUAUUUCCAUGCUUGAUGUAAUAUGUAUAUUUGUUGGAGUGCAGGAAUUAUUUUUUAGCAAUUAAAAUUCAAUGUGACUGGCCAGCAUUUUCUCUAAAUACAUACCUUGUGGAGGACACCCCGUCCAUCAUUUAAUCUGCUGCUGCUG